AUGGCGACUAAAUUGCCCAUCACCUUUGGUGUGGAAAUUGAGUUUCUGUUCGGCAUUGACAAUGUACAGCUUGCUUCCAAUCCCGCCUACGACCACCUUCGCGAAGAAAACGCCAUCAUCCACGAUGAUGACCAGAUCGAUGAAAUAAUACUAUGUAUGGACGUUUGCGAUCCCGCUCGAAAGGAUAUUGAAAGAAUCUUCCAGGCAGCUUCUGUGUUUCGCCGCAAGGGGGUUGAUCUGCUGGUCAGAUCCGAGCCAAAGACGGAUGAGGAGGAUUUCAGUCGCUGGGCUUUGACGCGAGAGGAAAUGGUCCGUCAUCCUCAGUCAGAUUUGGAGUUGUCGGCUUUGACAAACGGCAAGUUUCUCCGCCGCAACAACUGUGUUUUCUCCGGUCUGGAACUGGUCAGCCCGAUCUUGCGGUUGCCUGAGAUGACUGACACCGGCCUCGAACUCAAUGGACUCGCGGAGGUCAACAAAUUCCUCAGCCACGUGACAGAGGAACAAGGUGGGCCAUGCUUCGUCAAUGCCGUGCCGGAAAACUCCAGCGUCCAUGUGCACAUCGGGGUCCCGCCGACGGCCGACGGCGCCUCGGUCGACAUUCCCUUGGAUGUCUUGAGGCACCUGGCAUGGAUCUGCCUCGCGUUUGAGGAUGCCAUCACUCUUCUGCAUCACCCCGAACGGCACGGCUACCGCGACACCAAAAUCUGGACCAAUGCCCAGCCCAAUCGAGUGUUUUUGGGGAGGAACGAUCCCACGCAUUCGCUCCACGCCUGCGCCGAGGGACCGGCCUGGGUUCCACAAGAAGAGUUUAUCAAAAUCUUCAAUUUCGAGUACUGCGAUGACCGAAUUGAUCGGAGACUGCUGAAGGAAUUGCUGUGCACCAGGAUGGGCAACCUGUACGGCAUGCCGACGGGAAAAACCUUUGUCAAUUUUGCCAACAUUGUCCCGCUUGCAGGGGAUCCGGCGGAGGCCAAGAAGACGAUCGAGUUCCGGCAGCACCAUGGUACGCUCUCGGUCGAGGACAUUGACGAGUGGGUUCUGUUUGUGACGGCGCUGGUGCGCGCCGCGGAGCGCAAGGCCAACGAGGCCCCGUGCCAGAGAGAUCUGCCCGCUCCGUUCAUUCAGAAGGUGAUCGAGAAGCAAGGUGACUAUUCGAAGCAAUUACUGACUUUCGAGCAGGCUUGGAAGUAUCCCGGCAUCCUUUGGGACAAGCAGCGUUCUCUCAAAGAGUUGUUCGACCUGAUGGACUUGCCUGUCGAUCGGCGCCGGUAUUGGUGGGAUAGGGCCCGAAGAUUCAGAUCCGCCGAGUUCGAGCUGUAUCGGCACAAGAGCACUUGCGACUCACCGUGCAGCAAGUCUCCCAUCAGAGACUGUGUAGGGUGGGAGGAUGGGGAGCUGGCUCUCCCGCCCUGGGAUAUCUGUAUGCGGGACACAUAG